CCAGCAGAUCUCCAUUGCUCUCCACCAUGCCCGUUUACAAGCUUCGCUAUUUCAACAACCCGCGGCGAGGCCGUGCCGAGCUGAGUCGUCUUAUUCUUCAUCAGGCUGGAGUGGAAUUCGAAGACAUCCGCUUCCCUCACAGCGAAUGGCCCGCCAUUAAACCCACCACGCCGUUCGGCCAAGUUCCUGUCCUCGAAGUUGACGGACAAGUAUUGGCCCAGUCAAACACCAUCGCCCGUUACCUCGCUAGGAAGUAUGGCCUUGCUGGGAAGAACGAUUGGGAGCAAGCUUUGGCUGACAUGUACGCUGACAACAUUCACGAUCUUUUGAAUGCUGCGGCCGUCCCGUUCAUGGAGAAGGAUCCAGUGAAGCAGAAAGAAAUGUACGAAAAGUUUAUGGCCGAGACGAUUGCCAAUCACGUUGUCCUCAUUGAAAAGCAAUUGAACAAGAAUAACACCGGAUAUCUAGUCGGCAACGAUUUGACGUGGGCUGAUUUAGCUUAUUACGCGUAUUUCUCCGACUUCAUGGAAGUGAAAUUCGGUAGUGCCUUUUUGAAAGACGCGCCGCGUUUGAAGGCUUUGAUCGAUCGCGUCAAAGCUCUGCCGAAUAUCAAGAAGUGGACGGACUAUCGGAAUUCCAAAUACCCGGAAGAAAAUUAAGAGAAUCAGAUAUUAAAUGACCAUUUAACCAUUAGAUAUUAUGUAAUCCUGGGUAACAUCUGUUGUUAAGUUGCCCCAUGCCCGGUUUGGUUUUGGAAAAAUUCAAUGAGCCAUCAAAUAUAAGCCAGCGAAAUGCA